AGAAGUUGUGUUACUAUGUGCACGUACGAUGCGCUCAAGCCUUGCAGACUGAGGCUACAGUCAGAUAUGAAUGCGGCUCUGCACUCCCCUGGGUCUUUGGCGUGAUGACAGUUUUAGGUCGUCCCUUCGCAAUCACCCGUUUCUGAAACGGGCUUUGAAACUACCUCCUGAUCCCUCUUAUUUUUUUCCUGAUAUGCAUGACGGGAGUCGUAGUUUCUCCCGCUGUAGGUUUGAGUCUCUCGCGCUGAAAUCCUGUCACUUGCCCUUGUUGAACGUCCGCUUCUGCACCUUGGCAAACCCUUCCUGACAGUCAGGAGACAUGCAGUCAGGCUGCAGGAAGUGAAGGGCGGUUCCGAAAGGGCGCUCUUGAUGGAAGCCGCUUCGUGCUCUUGAUCUGGUCUUAAUGAAGAAAUGUAUCGACAGGGUCUAAAUCACGCAGCCUCGCCAAGGCAUGGCUGUCUAAUCGCCUUGGUGGCCCUCCUGCUCUUGAGUAUUGCUUCUUGGAGAGCUGUGGAGGCGAGGCCUUUAUUUGGCACUGAUGAUUUUCGUGGCAAGCCUAACGUUGUGAUGGUGAUGUGCGAUGCUUUUGAUGGAAGACUGACAUUUCACCCAGAAAAUGAAACAGUAGUCUUACCUUAUAUCAGUCUCAUGAGAAGAUAUGGUAGUCUCUUUCUUAAUGCGUAUACGAAUUCUCCAAUCUGUUGCCCUUCUCGUGCAGCUAUGUGGAGUGGCCUCUUCACUCAUUUAACAGAGUCUUGGAAUAACUUCAAGGGUUUAGACCCAAAUUAUACAACAUGGAUGGACCUCAUGGAAAAGCAGGGCUACUAUACUCUGAAAUAUGGAAAACUAGAUUACACUUCAGGGCAUCAUUCACUAAGCAACCGAGUGGAGGCUUGGACCAGAAAUGUUGAUUUUUUGCUUCAGCAAGAAGGCAGGCCUGUGGCCAAGCUCAUAGGUAACAAGACAUAUGUAAGAGUCAUGCAAAAAGAUUGGGAGACCACUGAUGAAGCAGCAACAUGGCUAAGAAAGAAUGCAUCUCACUUAACACAACCCUUUGUUCUUUACUUGGGAUUAAAUUUGCCUCACCCUUAUCCUACACCCUCCUCAGGAGAAAAUUAUGGAUCAUCAACAUUUUUAACAUCUCCAUAUUGGCUGCAAAAGGUGAUAUAUAAAGCCAUUAAAAUUCCAAAAUGGACUCCAUUCUCCGAGAUGCACUCAGUAGAUUAUUAUUCCUCUUAUACAAAGAAUUGCACUGGAGAAUUUACAGAGAAAGAAAUUAGAGAUAUCCGAGCACAUUAUUAUGCCAUGUGUGCAGAAACUGAUGCCAUGCUUGGUGAGAUAAUUUCUGCUCUAAGUGAAACAGGACUACUCAAAAAUACUAUUGUCAUAUUCACAGCAGAUCAUGGAGAACUUGCUAUGGAACAUAGACAGUUUUACAAGAUGAGUAUGUAUGAAGCAAGUUCCCAUGUUCCUCUCCUUAUAAUGGGGCCAAACAUCGGUCUGCAAGUUAUAUCCAAUGUAGUUUCCCUUGUGGAUAUCUAUCCCACCAUGCUUGAUAUUGGUGGAGUACCGAUACCAAAAAAUCUCAGUGGAUACUCAUUGAUGCCUUUGUUAUUGCAAAAGGCAAAAGAUGAUGCCUCACCUAGAAAUCUACAUCCUGCUUGGGUUGUGAGCGAAUUCCAUGGCUGUAAUGUGAAUUCUUCAACCUACAUGCUUCGAAUUGACAAAUGGAAAUACAUAGCUUAUUCAGAUGGUCAUUCAGUGUCUCCUCAGCUGUUUGAUCUUUCUGCUGAUCCAGAUGAACUAACAAAUAUAGCAACAAAGUUUCCAGAGAUCACACAAUCUUUGAACAGAAAACUCUAUUCCAUAGUUGACUAUCCAAAGGUCUCUGCCUUAGUUGAGGAAUACAACAAGCAGGAAUUUAUCAAAUGGAAACAAAGCUUAAGACAAAACUAUUCAGAAACCUUAGCUAACCUCAGAUGGCACUGGACCUGGAAAAAGCACCCUAAGAAGUAUGAGCUUGCAAUUGAUCGAUGGAUUAAAGGGAACACAACUGUAUAAAAUGCCUACAGCAGGUAUGGACCAAGUAUCCGAAAUAAUCUGAUUCUGAAAAUAAAGGGACCAUGCAGGCAUUAUUUGCAGUGAUCUCUUACUGCUACAGAAACUGGAAUUAGCCAUGGAAUCUGAUGCUGCUUGUCUCCAUCUCCAGACACAAGCUGACCCUGCCAAGCUUUAACCACAAUUACAGAUUUAUCAGUGUAAACAGAUUAAUUUAACCCAUUUUUCUCUUAAUUAGGUUUUUCUAGUUUAUAUUGGUAGUUUUCUGUCUUCUGUGAAGACUGUUUUCCAUUCUAAAAAGUAGAAAGCCUUUCCUAAGGUUUACUUAUUGUCAAGGAAAACUUUAAAGUAAAAUAGGUUGUUAUCUAUUAUAUUUUCGUUUGCUUUUAGUUUCAUCUACCCCUGGAAUGCAGCCUCCGAGGACUUCUACAAAAUAGAUUUUGGCCCAUGGGCUGAAAUACCUUCCUCACUCCUCUUUAAAAUAUGUAAAGAUUACAACUAGAUAAUGUAUUUGAAGCAUUGGAAUAUUCAGAAACAUUCCACAAAAUAUUAUUACUCCCAAGUGUAAUUUUUAUACUUAGAGUAUUUGUAGCUCUGUAUAUAUAUUAUAUUUGUGAUCAUGAGUUUCUGCUUUAAAUGAAAAUAGAAUCAUUGUAAAAUCAGGACCCAUAUCUCUUGAUUCUUUAAAAAUGCUCUUUUAAUGUUUGCAGGAAUGUGAUUUUAUGCCUUUCUUAGCUCCUGAAUGGAGAAAUAGAACAUGCUGUCUAUCUUAGCAAGAUGUGCUUUGCAUCAUGAAGACCUCAGCCUUUUGAGCUAUUCAUAUAGCUGUCAGGAUUUAUCCCCUAGAAUACUUUCUCAUCCUCUUAUCACAGGCUACCAGAAAUCGAUGCUGUGCAGUUACUGAUACAUUGACCAUCCCAAGUUAAAGAAGCCUUCUCAAACCUGCUGCCCUCCAGAUGUUGUUGAUGUCAUUUUCCAUCAACCCCAGCCGACUGGCUGGUCACAGAUGCUGGGAGUUGGUGUCCAAAACAUCUGGAGAGAACCAGAUUGGGAAUGGCUGAUGUAAACAAAUAGCAGAUUGAGAAUUUGAGCAUAUUGUGCACAAAUCGUUUUGCACAAGACAUCAGGGCACCUUAUUCUGCAGAUAGAUGGCUUGGGAGCACAGUUUUUCAGAGCAGGGGUCCCCACCAUUUUUUGGAUCAGAGACUAUGUUUAGAAUUUUGAAAUCACAUCACAGAUGUUCUCACAAAAUAGCAUCCAUAAAGGGGGAUAAAAUGGCUGUAAUCAUGGUCGGUUAUUUUAUUUCUUUAUUUCUUUGGCUUUUUUGUAUACUGUCAAAUUAUUACGGAAUCUCAGGAUGGUUUACACAAAGCAUAAUUUAUGGCUUACAGUGUAAGCCUUACACAAAUUAGUCAGCAUUAAUUUAUCAGAGUGCCAUUGGUAAGACUAAAGGAAAAAAUAACUUGGAGCAGCUGAAAGAUUAAAUCCCCAGUUGACCCUUCACACCUUUAAUUCAGUCAUUUUCAAAUACUUCAGCAGUAUUUUUCAACUUUGAAAGAAAUCACUUAAAGUUGCUGGAGAAAGCGGGACUUGCCAAAAUUGUUUUCUGCUUUUGCUAUCAUUGGGAGCAGUGCCUGGGUUCUUCAAAGAUUAUAUGAUAUGGCUCUCUAUAUUUGUAUUUUAUUGAUUUGCAUGGCACCUGAUAGUAUUUCACCUAAAAGAACCCCAAAAUUAAAUAUGAUGAUGGUUUGCAUUGUAUGACUUAAGACCUAGUUCAUCUUCAGUUCUUUACAGCUCUUGCAUAAGACUUUUCAAAAUGGUGCUUUAUUUUACCAUCUUGUAUUUUAUAUAGGUUGCUUAUCCUUCAUGUAGUGUACUCUGAAUAUAGCAAUGUGACUUGUAUUUGCAAUUCAGAUGUCAGCAACACCAGAUCUUUUGAAUUUAUUCUAAAAGAACUGGAUAAAGGAUUAACUCAAUAAAUGAAGUAAGACUUCUUAAAAGCAUAGUAGUUGUUACUAUCUCCUCUUCAAUAUACUGGAAAAAUACUAGUCAUCUUACCUUUUCCCACCUCCUCACCAAAGCUUGGGAACACAAAAGUGAAAUUUACAACCAAGAAAAGUAGGACAUGUAAACUCAAAGAUCAUCAUGAUAAUUACCUCUAAUGCCAAACUUGAAGAGUCUCAUUUUGUUUUGGAAGCAAAAUGGGCUACCCAAAAAUGAGCUAGGAGAUCCUGAAUACUCAUGGAACUCUCUAUUUACAAACUAUUUACAUAGGAGUUUGUAAAUUAAAGAAUAUUAAAACAAAAAAUAUUUAUUUCAUUAUAAAUACAUUUUUAUACCACCAUAUAGCCCAAAGGCUUGCCAAAGACCUGUCCUCAGUAGCUUUCAGGACUUAGAAUAUGUUGAGUGUUAUCAGUUGAAGGAGGGAAGAAUUGCCAGUUUGAGCUCCUAUUGGCUUGUGGUAUCCUAGAGUAGGGGGCUUAGGUAGAUGCAUGCCAUGAGGUUGAAAAAAACAUCUGUCACUGUGGGAAGCUUUCAGGAGGAAGGAAAAAUAAAAUCUAUUCCCUUUCCUACACCUAUGUCACUCUAAGCUCAAGUGCUCAGAUUCAGGUUCAACAGCCAGUACAAACCAAGAGCAUAUAGUGGGAGGUUUCAAAUUAGUAGCAAAAAAGUGUCCUUUUCAUUUUCUCUGUCAUGAAACCUUCACCUUACAAAUUCUAAGACUGCUUGGAGACUUGAGACAACUACUUCUGUUGAAGGAUGGAAAAACUUUAACGUUUAGCUGUGGAUCUCCAUUUAUCUUAUGUUGCACAAGUCUAAAGGAUUAUUUCAAAUAGAUAGCUUGUUCAACUCUCUAAAGACACUGAAUUGUUCCUGCUUGAAGUACUGCUUGUGAAAAAAGACUGUGACUUGAUGUCAGCAUGAGUAAGUUCCAGACCAGCACUUGUUACUUUUUGUUCGAUUUCAGUCCCCUGGUAUUCUGCUACAUAUUUUAUAUUAUGUUGAGGCACAAAUGUGCUUGCUCAUUUUAGAAUUGUUGGCUUUUGUUUAUUGAAUAUCUUUAAUUGUACCUCUGCUUAUCAUGCUCUCAUUUGAUUAGUGUAUGCUGAAAAACAGGAGAGAUGGACAGGGCGUAACUUUUGUUGGGACCAGCUGCCCUUUUACUGACAAACAGGGAGAAGCAGAGCACAAGAUAACAGAUGUUGGAUAGUGGCAACACCUAAGCCAGAUUCUUUCUCCAAUGUUCUGAUUCAUAUUAUGUAAUAACAAAGAUAAAAACAACUUUACUAGUAUGAAGCCUGUAGUUCUAUCAAAGCAUAUACAAUACAGUCCUAUGCAUGUCUACUUAAUAGCAAGCCUAGUGAAAGUGGCUUAAUGAGGCUUAUUACCAGGAAAGUGCAUAGGCAUUGCAGUCUUGUUAAUGUUAGAAGGUGAAACUUCUUUAGAAACACCUGCAAUUGUAGAAUAACAGAGUGGGGACUGCUUAUAUGCAACUUAUUUAUUUAAACCUGUGACAAAGCCACAUAUUUUAGCAUACUUUCCAAUUAUAUGGGAGCUACAAAUUUUGUAAGGUAUAUUUUAUACCUGAUUUUUGUCACCAUCUUCCCACAUGGGAACUGAUUCAGCCUUCAUGACCGUUUAUAGUAUAAACCAAGCAGACCAGCCACAAUGACUA